CCCAGGCCUUGCGCGUUUGCUCUUCUCCUCCUACCUGGUUUUUAGGCCUCUGCCGCAAUCAUGCUGCGCAUGAUUGUCAGCCAGGCUAAGAAGCAUCCGAGCUUGAUUCCCCUCUUCGUCUUUAUUGGAGCUGGAGGUACUGGUGCAUCGCUGUAUAUCACCCGCCUGGCCUUGUUCAAUCCUGAUGUCAGUUGGGACAGAAAGAAUAACCCAGAGCCCUGGAACAAACUGGGUCCAAAUGAUCAAUACAAGUUUUUCGCAGUGAAUGUAGAUUACAGCAAACUGAAGAAAGAAGGUCCAGACUUCUAAACAAAAUGUUCC